GCGGCAUGAGUGGCGCGCGGCUGAGCUGACGCCGCGCCCCCGCCGGUCCAUGUCCUUCGCCAUGCUGCGCUCGGCGCCGCCGGGCCGCUACCUGUACCCCGAGGUGAGCCCGCUGUCGGAGGAUGAGGACCGCGGCAGCGAGAGCUCUGGCUCCGACGAGAAACCCUGCCGCGUGCACGCCGCCCGCUGCGGCCUCCAGGGCGCCCGGCGGAGGGCCGGGGGCCGGCGGGCCGGGGGCGGCGGGCCGGGGGUGGGGGGCCGGCCGGGCCGUGAACCCCGGCAGCGGCACACGGCGAACGCGCGCGAGCGGGACCGCACCAACAGCGUGAACACGGCCUUCACGGCGCUGCGCACACUCAUCCCCACCGAGCCGGCUGACCGCAAGCUCUCCAAGAUCGAGACGCUGCGCCUGGCCUCCAGCUACAUCUCCCACCUCGGCAACGUGCUGCUGGUGGGCGAGGCUUGCGGCGACGGGCAGCCGUGCCACUCAGGGCCUGCCUUCUUCCAUGGGGCACGCGCGGGCAGCCCCCCGCCGCCGCCGCCGCCGCCGCCCCCAGCCCUGGCCCCGGCCCGCGACAGCGAGAACGCCCAGCCCAAACAGAUCUGCACCUUCUGCCUCAGCAACCAGAGAAAGUUGAGCAAGGACCGCGACAGAAAGACGGCGAUUCGAAGUUAGGAGUGGGUCCAUGGCUACCGGGAGGCACAUGCUGCUGGGGGAAGUGGAUGCCCCUGGGUGAGCCACAGAGAGCCCCCACCUCGGACCUGACUCGGGCAAGGCGUUCUAUGAGCGUGCCCGCCCAGGCCAGCCCUGCCAGGCUGUGAGCAGGGCCCAUGGAUGGACAGGCGGCAGCAGGACUCUGAGGUGGCCCCACACCUGCCCAGACCCACUGGAACUUUCCAUGCUGGCUUCUUGCCUGGGUUUUCUUCCGGUCACUACGUGUUGGCAUUUUGUGUCUUUUAUAUGAUAAUAUAAAGUCUGGAAAUUUUGUAUAAUUAAAAACAAAACAUUAUCUUCCAAAUA